AGUUAUUGAUCUUAUUUCUUCACGUCCUUUUGACCUCUGACCUCCAGGACAGCAGCUGCAGCUCAGACAGUCUGGAGUUUGAGGCUGGUCCCCCGGUGCGUCUGGCUCCUCAGAGGGAGUUCAUUAAGUCUCUCAUGGGGAUUGGGAAACGUUUGGCGACGCUGCCGACCAAAGAGCAAAAGACUCAGCGACUGAUCUCCGAGCUGUCCCUGCUCAACCACAAGCUGCCAGCUCGAGUGUGGCUGCCCACUGCCGCCUUUGAUCACCACGUGGUCCGAGUGCCGCACACACAGGCCGUGGUUCUGAACUCCAAAGACAAGGCACCGUACCUGAUCUAUGUGGAGGUUCUGGAGUGUGAGAACUUUGAGACGUCCAGUGUUCCGAUCCGGAUCCCGGAGAACCGGAUCAGGAGCACACGUUCCGUGGAGAAUCUGCCGGACUGCGGCAUGUCGGCGGAGCAGAGAGCCGGCAGCUUCUCCGUGGUCCCAAAUUACGACAAUGACGACGAGGCCUGGUCUGUCGAUGACAUCGGGGAGCUGCAGGUGGAGCUUCCAGAGGUUCACACCAGCAGCUGUGACAACAUCAGUCAGUUCUCUGUCGACAGUAUCACCAGUCUGGAGAGUAAAGAGCCUGUGUUCAUCGCCGCUGGAGACAUCAGGCGCCGUCUCUCGGAGCAGCUGGCUCAGGCCCCCACCACCUUUAAACGGGACCCGGAAGACCCGUCGGCUGUGGCCCUGAAGGAGCCGUGGGAAGAGAAGGUCCGGAGGAUCAGAGAAGGAUCUCCGUAUGGACACCUCCCAAACUGGAGGCUUCUGUCUGUUAUUGUCAAAUGUGGAGACGACCUGAGGCAGGAGCUGCUCGCCUUUCAGGUGCUGCAGCAGCUCAAGUCGAUCUGGGAACAGGAGCGUGUUCCCCUCUGGAUAAAGCCCUACAAGAUCCUGGUGUUGUCCUCAGACAGCGGGAUGAUCGAGCCUGUGAUGAACGCUGUGUCGCUCCACCAGGUGAAGAAGCAGAGCCAGCUGUCUCUGCUCGACUACUUCCUGCAGGAACAUGGAGCUCCGACCACCGAGGCCUUCCUGUCCGCUCAGAGGAACUUUGUACAGAGCUGUGCUGGGUACAGCCUCAUCUGUUACCUGCUGCAGGUCAAAGACAGGCACAACGGAAACAUCCUCUUGGAUGCUGAAGGUCACAUCAUCCACAUUGACUUCGGCUUCAUCCUCUCCAGCUCACCCAAAAACCUUGGCUUCGAAACGUCCGCCUUCAAACUCACAGCUGAGUUCGUGGAUGUGAUGGGGGGUCCAGAAGGAGACAUGUUCAACUACUACAAGAUGUUGAUGCUUCAGGGUUUGAUCGGAGCCAGAAAACACAUGGACAGAGUUCUGCAGAUUGUGGAGAUCAUGCAGCAAGGGACUCAGCUGCCGUGUUUCCACGGUUCCAGCACCAUGCGAGGUCUGAAGGAACGUUUCCACAUGAGUCUGACGGAGGAGCAGCUGCAGCUGCUGAUUGAUCAGCUGGUCGACGGGUCCAUGAGGUCACUCACCACCAAACUGUACGACGGCUUCCAGUACCUCACCAACGGCAUCAUGUGACCUGCACCACCGCACCGUGUGUGAGACUGAAGCUUUUAUGACUCGACUGCAGAGACUGAGCCGGUUUUAUUCCACUUUUUGUUUUUCUUUUUUUCUGUUUCUACUUUGUUUUCAGCUCCUCCUCCUCUUCUUCGCAGAGUUCCUCAUUGGUUACUCAGUCGGACUCUUAGCCAAUCAGAGAGCAGCCCAGUUUUAGAUGUGAACGUGAUCAUGGUUUUACAGAUUGAGAACAGGAAGCUGCCUCAGUGCUGUUGAGCAGAGCACAAACAACCACAGACUGUGGAAUGGACCACGCUGCUGUUUUUCAUGUGUUAGCCCUUUAACUGCAGAUGAUGUCAAACUCAUUAAACAAACUGUGUGGACGUGUGUCGAUCAGCUGAUUCAUCCACUGAUGUUUUGAGUAUUUUAUUAAAUGAAGUGAAUUUUCCAGUAAAA